AUUUUGGUGCUCGUCCAACUCUUACUCAAAGCCAGCAGGAUUGAAAAUGUGUAGUCUGGGAUUUCUUCCUGUGUGCACAUAAAUAUGUCUGUGCCUCUCGUGGGUACAUAAUUUGUGGUUUGAACUUACUGGAUUAGCUAAUUAGACAGACCUGCCCUGAAGACAUCCAUCCCCUUCACACCAUAUAAAAGCCCAUAUCAGACAAGGAAAACUAGGUUGGACAGGAGCUCUCUUUCUUUAGGUUAUCAACAAUGGCCACUCCAUUCUUACUUGGCUCCCUUCUGGUGUUGGCAUGUGCUCUUCUCCCUCUCUACUCGGCUCAGGAAAGCUGCAGCAACAGAUGUGGGGAAUCAUACUACAGGGGUCAUAUCUGCCAUUGUGACUAUGACUGUCUCAUUCACAAUGAGUGCUGCAAGGAUUAUGAAUCUAUGUGCACCACAAGUGACUCAUGUAAAGGACGCUGUGGCGAGUCCUUUAAGCGGGGCAGGCCUUGUAGCUGUGAUCCUGACUGCAUACUCUAUAACCAGUGCUGCCCUGAUUAUCAAAUGCACUGUGGUACAGCGCCUCAAACCAGUAAACUCAUCAAUGAAGCCGACCUGACUGUUGCACCCACCCAGAGGUCCCGAGGCAAGAAAGAGGACAUUAACCAAGAUUUAUCUGACAACUAUCUCAUUCCUCUUUCUACCUCUCCUUCACCCACGGUGCCUAGAGAGGAAAUUCAAGGAGACGAGAGCAUAGAACAGACCCCAUAUCCGGUCCCGGUUCCAACAUUUGAAGUUGUCGGCCCCACGACUACCCUGUACCCAGAGAGUGUGAGCGGGCAAGAGCCCUUGCCGAUAAAUGCAACCGAGAACACGUUAUCUCCGGAUGGUGCCUUCACCCCAGUGAACACCGCAGGCGUGCCUACUCUUGGGAGUGAGCAAGAAGCAAUUGAAGAGGAAAUUUCCACACUAUUCCCAGAAGAUCCGCUGCUGAGUCAGAGCUCCACGGGGACUGCUCCUGUUACUAGAACCGACGUCUCCACUUCAGCACCAGCCAGCCAGCUUCCCGUCCAGACAGGCGUACCUAAUAGCAGUUCUCCAGCUCCUGAACAGCAAAGUGACUCUACCAACCAGUCCCCCAUCACAGUUUCAGAGUCAGCAAACCCCAGUGCAACUCCAGCCACAGAGCAUGACACUAUCUCCCCCGAAAGCUCUAAACCAACCACUCGGAUCCCUCAAGAGCCACAGGGCACUUCUACCACCCCUGAAGCAGGCGCGGCUGCUACCCCUGGCACUGCAGUGGCCACCAAGAGUUCAGACCAGCUGGUGGGCACAAACAAUCCCACAUCAAGCCCUACCGACAGCGUCCCCUCCACCUCCCAAGACGAGACCCCUGCAGUCGCCCCCGCUUCCUCCCCAAGCCCGGAGGCAGACGGUGUGAAGGGUGCCGGAGGUUCGUCCAGCACCCCCCCCUCAGGAGCCCCAGACCGGAGUAUGUCUGUCACACCGCCGACUGGCACAGUUGCUCAGACUGACCCGCCGUCGUCUGCCUCAGCCACGGGAGCCGAUACAACACCCGCAGGUGGUAACAUCACAAACUCUCAGACCGGGGGCUCCAAACCUGCAGACGAAGUUCAGAACAUGGAGACACAGCCCACCCCCACAGGUGCUCCCACGACUGCCUCGAUGAGGGCCAGUCCCUUCCCUUUGCAGCCCUCCAAGAGGCCCACCAGACCCAGCACUCUGACAGACAGCACUCAGGCACUGGCCACUGGCAGCCCCAAUGACUACCUCCCAGAGGACAACAACGACACCAAUCUGUGCAGUGGCCGGCCCAUCAGUGGAGUGACGGCACUUCAUAAUGGAACAGUUGUUGUUUUCAGAGGCCACUAUUUCUGGGUGCUGGAUGCCAACAGGUCACCAGGGCCGGCCCGUGGCAUCACAGAGACGUGGGGAAUUCCCUCGCCCAUCGACACGGUGUUCACUCGCUGCCAGUGUGAGGGCAAGACCUACUUCAUCAAGGGCAAGAAUUAUUGGAGAUUCGGAAACGAUGUGAUGGAUCAGGGCUAUCCCAAACCCAUCUCUGCGGGCUUUGACAAGCUGGCAGGAAAGGUCACUGCUGCCCUGUCUGUGCCUGCAACCAGAAAGAGGAGAGAAUCUGUAUAUUUCUUCAAAACAGGAGGCCUGGUGCAAAAAUACACCUACAAACCAAGCUCGGCCUGCAGUAGGAGAGUUCCAAACAGAGUCUAUUUAGUCAAGACUCGAUUCGCCAGACAAGCAGACGACGGGCUUGGGAAGGAGAUCAACAUUAAACUCAAGUGGAGGGGAUUCCCUACUAUUGUGACAUCAGCGGUGUCCAUACCCAGCCCCAGGCAGCCAGAUGGAUACGACUACUACAUCUUCUCAAGGACCAAAUACUACAAAAUCAAGCUGGAUGAAGAGAAACCUACCCUGGCCACUCCACUGACCGUACCCUCCCAGCAGAACUCGGCCAACAGCUGGUUCAACUGCCCAUAGAAUGUUUUCUAAAGAAUGACCAAAGUCCGGUCUCAUCACAUGACAAAUUUUAUUAAUAAAAUGAGACAAUGCUUUGUAA